CUAAAUGGAAGUAUUAUCCAAUUGGUCGAACUACAGCACUCAACAGCAGUACAACAACAAUGUUUAUUUAUAAAUUAAUGAUAACAGAUUAGACAUUGUUUUUAUUGUUAUGUAAACUUUUGAUUGUUUAAAUUCUUUUAUGCGUUAAUCUUACAAACUUGUUUAUAAGAAUCAGAAGGUUAAAAUGGAUCAAUUGAAUAGUGAUCCUGUUUCAGGCUUACUUCAGGAAAUCAAGGAAUUAAUUAAUGGGUUUGAAGAAGGUAAGAAGACCCAGAAUGAACUGUCCGAGUUUGUAACAUUACUACAGGAAGAGCUGAAGCUGGCAAGAGAUGCAGAGAGAUCAACAGAGCUCAAAAAGAGCAGAUGUCAAGCUUUCUUGAGUCAGCAGCAGGAAGUGAUUUUAAAUUUGCUGCAUGUCAAAGAAGAAAAUGAAAACCUGAAGAGCACUAUCAUCCAGUUGGAAACUACUGUCACUGACAUUCAAAAUAACAGUAUGGCGGAUCAUGUUAAGAAAGAUGCAGAAAUACAACGAAUCAGACAAGAUUAUUUUGAAAGAACUGAUCAAAAUUCAGGAAGAAUCUGAUGCCAGGUGAGGUUUUACAGGAUUA